AUGGGUGUCGGAAAAAUACCAGAGUUUGACGUGAAAACUGGAAAUUGGACCAUGUACUGUGAGAGGUUAGAAAUGUAUUUCCUCGCGAAUGACAUUAAGGAAGAAGUGAAGCUACCAACACUUAUCGCCGUAAUGGGAGAGGACGCAUACCACUUCUUAUCAACGCAUGAGUCAUUGUUUGACGGCACCCUGGGGCGGUACACGGGCGGCUCGGUGCGGCUGCACGUGCGGGAGGGCGCCGGGCCGGUGUUCUGCCGUGCGCGCCCGGUGCCGUUCGCGCUGCGGCCGCGGGUGGACGCCGAGCUGGACGCCAUGCUGGAGGCGGGCGUCAUCUGGCCCGUCAGCCGCUCCGACUGGGCCACUCCUCUGGUGAUCGCUCGCAAGGCGGACGGCGGAAUACGACUGUGUGCGGACUAUAAGAUAAAGAAGGGUUAA